AUCAUUUAUAAGCACAGGUGACUCCUGAUUGCUGGACAUUACACUCUCUAAGGCUGUGUCAAUCCGCGGAUCCAGAAUGUGUGAAAAAAUGGUACUAAGAUCGAUACUGGUGGCGGCGGCUGUGGUAUGCGUAGCCGCUCGUCCUGAACCACCAUCAUCAUACGGCCCUCCUUCCACAUCCUAUGGGGCUCCAUCGCGGUCUUAUGGUCCCCCAGCCCCACAAUAUGGUCCCCCACAACAGCCAAUAGUGCAUAAACAUGUAUACGUGCAUGUGCCACCGCCAGAUAACGAGAUCCCGGCACCUCCCAAGCAGAUCUAUGUUCCUCCUCCACAGAAACACUAUAAGAUAGUAUUCAUUAAAGCACCUACACCUCCAACACCGACCGCACCUGUUAUUCCUGUGCAACCUCAGAACGAAGAGAAAACUCUCGUGUAUGUGUUAGUUAAGAAACCAGAGGAACAGCCUGAAAUCGUCAUCCCGACGCCAGCGCCAACCCAACCUUCGAAGCCUGAAGUCUACUUCAUCAGAUACAAAACACAGAAACAAGAAGGUUACCCGGCGGCAGCACCCCCGAAACCUGAGUAUGGACCCCCUGCUUCGGCCCCUUCGUCAGAAUAUGGAGCUCCAUGAAUCUAAAUUGACAGACCUAAGUACCUAUAAACUGUAGCUCAAUGCCAUAGCUGAUCAAUUUUUCCCACUAAUACAAUCUUUGUAGUAAAAUAAUUUCCAAUGACUGAAGUUAAUUGAUUUCGGUUAAAUGCUCAAGCAACUUCAUAGUUCUGUAGAUUUACAAGACAACAUUUCCUAGUAAAUAUGUUUAAACGCGUCAAAUUUAAGCAUUUAGAAUAGUAGAGAUGUCAUUUUUUACUUAUUCUAAAACUAAAACAAUAAAAAUGUCAACAUGAUAGACGCGACCUCUAUUUCACGAAAAUAACUCAUCAGCAGAAGACAGGUUCUGUAUUAGCUUAAAAAAGCAGAUAAAGUAGACGGAUACAGGUAAAGGUCUGGCAAAAUGCCAUAAAG